AUGUAUGGGACAUUUACGAAGAAGGGAAAUCCAGUCGCGACUGUCUACGAUCAUGAGAAAGACUUGCAGCUGAGCGUUCAGCUGAUUCGUUGGAUGUUGGAGAUGAUUGGCGCGUGGCCGAAACCUACCGCAAUCUCGUCGCUAAAGAGAUAUCCGUACGCGCUGUGGCACGUGAUUUGUAUCAGUUUGAUCAGCUUCCUUAUCGUACCUUCCGUCAUGAGCAUGAUGCUUGAAAUGGAACGUACAUACGUUAUGGUAAAACUCUGCGGAGCGCUGAGUUUCAUGGUACUGGCUAUUGUGAAGUAUAUCUCGCUUAUCUUCCACGAAAAAGACAUUCGCAGUGGUAUCAAGCACAUUCAGAGUGACUGGAUUAACACUCGGCAUUACGGCGAUCGGAUUAUCAUGAUUAAAAGCGCGAAAUUCGGCCGGCACCUUGUGACAAUCUGUGCCGGUUUAAUGUACGGCAGUGCCGUUUUCUUCUAUCUCGCCGUGCCAUAUAGUGUUGGCAAAGUUACAGAAGACGACGGAAACCUGACGUACUGGCCGAUGAGGUAUCCAGUCGCCAAGAUGAUCAUCGACGUGCGAUACAGUCCCACCAAUGAGAUUUUCUUUUGGGUGCAGUGUCUGUCGGGCUUCCUCGCGCACUCCAUCACUGCCACUGGUUGCAGCAUAGCCGCCGUAUUCGCGAUGCACGUAUACGGUCGUAUGGAGAUCCUAAUACAGUGGAUCGAGCACUUGAUAGAUGGCCGGGAAGAUUUAUGUGAUAAUAUGAAUGAGAGAUUGUCGAUAAUCGUGCAGCAGCACGUUCGAAUUUUACAGUAA